AUGACAACAAAAGAUGGCGUGGAGAAUAAAGACGAAAAUGAAACCCAUAAAAGUUGUGAUUAUUCCAUUCAGAACAGUAAAGAUGAUGACGUUCAAGACGAAGAUGAUUUUAUUGAUGUAAACGAGAGUGAUGGUAAUGACAGCCCCAUAGAUGAUGAUUCUAUUCAGAACAAUGAAGACAAAGAUAAUGAAAAAGAGGAAAAUGAAGAAGCAGAUGAAGCUGUUGUCACUGGAUCAAGUGCAAGAGGGGGGAGAAACGAAGACGUCGAUGCAAUGUCAAAACGAAGUCAUGAAACAUUAUUGACCAACUAUGCAGCACGUAUUAAAGUACUGAUAGGACUUGCUUGCCAAUGUGAUAGUAUCAUGACAGACGCCAUAACAUCAGAAAUAGUCUACCCUCAAGUUAUCUUGUCCGAUGUACUCGAUGCUGUUUCAAAGGUGAAAGAUAUUGCCACUAAAAUAGUGAAAGACUGUCAAGAUUCGCUCGAGCAAAUAAACCAGGAGAAACUAGACAUUGGGCUCCCUCAAUUGGAUAAUGAAUUCACCUCUCUGUUUGAUCCUGCCGACCGACCAAAAAAUUUGAGUGAUCUUCAAAAGCAGAAGAUAAUCGAACUUGGACCGCACCAGCCGAAGCUGAAAUCUUAUCCAACUAACCAAGAGAUUUCGUCCGGAAAACAAUGUCGUUUCGUAUUUGGAUGGUUCAAGGAAUAUCCCCAUUUGGAAUACAGCACGAAGAACGAUACAGUUUCUUGUUUUGUUUGUAGUUUAUUUCCAACUGGACCUGGAAGAGAAAAGGCUGCAGAUGCUUGGAUAAAUGGUUUACGAUCAUGGGACAGAAUGAAAAGUUUGGGAAAGGACAAACAGGGGAAGAUGGCAAAACACUUUUCAAGCGAGGCACACAAGGCUGCACUGAGCGAUCUUGCUCAAUACACAGACGGCAUGAGACAUGUUGACGUUUUGCUAAACAAACGCUUACUUGCCGCUAGAGUCCAGGAAGAAGAAGACAACAUCAGGAACGAAGAGAUUAUCAAGAUUCUUCUCGACAUUGCUAGAACACUGGCUAGGCAACAAAUCGCAUUCCGAGGUAGUCAGAGUGAUAACAAUGGGAACUUCAUCCAGAUCGCAUAUCUCAUUGCACGUCACAACCAGCACCUUCGUUAUUGGCUAUCAGAUGAGAGACAAAAACCUUAUUGUGUCAAAUAUCUAUCUUCUGAGUCACAAAACGAGUUCAUAAAUAUUCUUGCUGAAGAUGUCAAGAGCCGUAUCGUUAGCGAUGUCAAUGCUUCGGGUAUGCACUCCGUAAUGGCUGAUACAUCACCAGAUACUGCAAACACUGAUCGGCUUGUUGUUGCUGUAAGAUAUAUCGAUGAAGAUAAUCAUCCACGAGAACGAGUGCUAGAAAUGAAGGAAACCACUGAUAAAACUGGUGAAGGACAGGCAAAAGAUAUUUUGAAGUCCUUGAAUUCAAAAUAUCUAAAGAAAGAAGACCUGGUAUAUCAGUCAUACGAUUAUACAGCUUCUAUGUCUGGUGUAUAUAGAGGUGCCCAACAAUGUUUACAGGAUUUGGUAGGAAGAAGCAUUCCUUAUAUUCCCUGCCAAGGACACAGGUCUAACACGUUUAAUGAGCAUACAUCUAAUGUACAACUGGUUGCAUCCAUGUAUACGUUGCUGCAGGAAUUGUUCGUAUUCUUUAGCCAAAGUUGCAAACGUAACAUUGUCCUUCGCGAUCACCUUAAGACCGUAGAGAAUGCCUUAAAAUUGCGAAACCUUUCUAAAACUCGUUGGGUAUAUCGAAGUCAGUCUAUUGACGCUGUUUGGAUGUCUUUCGAAGCAGUAAAAGAUGCGUUGAAGUCAGUUUCCCUGCUGGAAAAUGUAGAUGCAGCGACAAAGACCAAAGCGUGUACUCUGCACGACAAUAUGCUGAAAUUCGACUUUAUUUUUACUCUUAUGUUCAUGCGCCCAAUAAUGAAGAAGACAAAGAUUUUGACGAUGGAGAUGCAGAAGGAAGCCCUCAAUAUUUUAGAUGCGCUGAUAUUGGUAGAAGGGACAAUUAUCUCCUUGAAAGCCAUCAGAGAAAGUGAGUCAGAAAUGGAUGAACAGAUUGAAGCCAGCAUUCAAUUUUCCAAACGCUUUGGUACUGACCCAGAGAAAGAAUUUAACCGUCAUCACAGACCGAGAAGGAUGACAAGAAGGCAAGACGACAAUCCAGAUUCUGCCGUAACAAUUGCUUUUCACACAUACUACCGAAAGGUUAUCAUAGAAGUGAUCGAUUCUCUUAUCACUGAGUACAACGACAACGUAAAGCAGUGUCUGGAAAAGAUAAAACCUUUGGCGGAAGUUCUUCGUCCCCCAUUACAAAAGCCAGAGAUUCAGCAAAUGAAUAAAAUAUCGGAACUAUUUCCACCAUCAGCGGCAUUGAAUCCAGAAUGUCUUCACGCAGAAUUUGAAAUAUUCCAGCAACGGGUGGACAAGUUAGACAACUCAUGCAAUACCGUUGAAGACGUAUUUCAACAAGCGUAUGCAGACAAAGAAAUUUUCCCAAAUGUGUACAAGACAUGCAAACUUCUCUUCACAGCUCCUGUGAGUGUCGCUAAGGAUGAGCGAACAUUCAGUAAGAUGAAAAUUGUAAAGAACUUCUUGAGAUCCACAAUGAGUGACCAGAGACUAGAUGAUUUGAUUGUUCUUGCAACUGAAAGAGAUCUGGUGGACUCCAUUGAUAUGAAUGAAGCCCUGAGAAGAUGGGCAAGUCACAAGAACAGAAAAUUGAAGAUAAUGCUAAGUUAA